UGUGUUUUUUUCCACCUAGUGGUCACUAAUAGAAUUAAAUGACAUGAAUUUGAAGCCCAUGCAUUAUUGUAAUACUGUACACGUUUGUAUCUGCAUAAAUGAGGUAUAGUGUUAGCGUAAUUGUCAAAUGUAUGAAAUAAUUGCUGCAGGUUAUCAUGGCCAAAGUGUCAGCUGACAUUUCUUUUGGCAAAAAAUCACAUUUUUAACACAGCUUGUAUUCCGGAAGAUCAAAGUGUUCCUUGAUAGUGUGCUGCUAAUUGACUUUUUUUUUCUUAGCAGGAACUUGCCAACACUUUAAUCCACAUAAUCUUGUGAUGCUUUUCUAAAUCCAUCCAAUCUGUUGCGGCUCUAUAAUUAACAGCCCUGCUCUAGAAAUCUGGGUCAGUAGAUCGAAGCCCGAGUGCUGCAUCGUGUGCUGAGCAAGUUUUUAACCGAAACUCAGGAUUGAGAAACGUGUCCCCGCUGAGGAUACCCAAAUGGAUACCCAAAACCUGGCCAUACAAAACUGGAGUUUGGAUUUUAACGAUGACCUCCGCUCAAACCAUCCUAUUUUCCAAAGCGAGGGAAAGUCAGAUCCACGUCCCAGCGUGUGGGCCGAACCAACGGGAAUGCAGAGUUGCACUUCUCGGUCUUUCGCCAGGGAUGCUAGGAUGAGACUAGAUUUUUUAAAGUUUGGAUCUAAUUCUCAAGUGUCCUCCGCUGCCAAGGAUGAUGAUGAAAAAGAAAAAGACCCAGGAACACAUACUGUUUUUGACUUAGUGGAUCUUCUUGAAUUUAAGGAUGAUAAAGAGGAUCACGAAAGCUGGUUAUAUGAAUCUCCAAAAAAGCAGAUAUCAGAGGACAACCAGUCACCUCUGAGAUGGUGUCGACACGUCUUGGAUAAUCCGAGUCCUGAAAUGGAGGCCGCAUCUCGUUUACUUCGCAAUAAACUAAAUCAAAAAACAAGCAGUUCCUACAGGAGUAUCUUUUACAAACAGCCUGCAGGGCAAGAUCACACCGACAGUGCAUGUGUGGAUCCUCACAAUGACAAAAUAUCUACAAAUACGACACACGACACCUCUUUGGAUGAUCUGGCUAUGCCCUGUGAGUCCAUAACUACCAGCUACAAAUUGCAGGACAUCACAGAUGUUCACCUAAUGGCCCGUAUACAAGAAGACAGUUUACGACAGGACUACAUCUCCACGCCCGCCGGUGUUUCAGACCGAAGAAGUCCUGAGCCACAAGUUCGACUUCGUCAGCAAGUCACUCAGUUCAAGUUGCUCAAAAGGGCUCAAAAUCGAGCCAGGACAGAAUCCCCCCUUCGGACCAGCCUUCGUUCACUCCAGGCUCUGAGAAACAGUCGGAGUUUGGACACCGAUGACUGCCUGCCUGAUCAUCAAACACCAAACACAGCUUUGCCAUCAGCAUCCACUAAGUCUAGCGACUGGUCACAAUUGGUGAGCGGCUCUUCAGUCCACAAGACGGCCACGAGGGAAGUGCAGAGGUCUCAGUCUCUCAGCCCCCGUCGGAUCUCUCAUCGCGCUAAGAGAUAUCUGUCUGUUAAUGCGUGUGUUUAUGCUUCACCUGAGAGGUCAACCACUGCAGCUUGGGGCGGCACUUCGCCAUCAACGCGAAGGUGAAUCACCUCAGCCGACACUAUUCGGCGGAAACAUAAGGGCACAUUGUUUGACUGUGUUCAUUUGUUUAUAAAGUCGCUGAUUGGAUGAGAGCAGGACGCUUGCAACGACAUUGUCUUGCAUUUAUCCGGUUGAAUUAUUUCUUUUUAUAGCUGAGUUACCAUAGCGGACGUAAUGGUGUUAUGUAAGGUAUCCUCGACGAGGGGAGCAUUUACUAAACAUUCGAUUAGAAAGCACCGAUUGUCUCUCGCAGCCUCCAUUUUUUUGUAAUGUACUUUACAGCUACCUUGUAUGUGACAAUGAAGAAAUUAUUCUUGUUUAUUUUUCCAUUGCAAGAAUGUAGUUUGUGGUUACAGAAUGAAAUCAAAUGUCUCACAUAAAUAUAAUGGGUAAAAUAAACGCAGAAAUUUACAAUGGGAAGCGCUGACGUUACAAGCAUUUGUGAAAAAU